AAUCAUUCAGCACUACACGGAAGGCUCCGAGUCCUUUGUUCAUCAAAACUUUUUUCACGAAUCUCUUUAUCCUCUGCAUUACCUACCUAAUCUCUCCUUCAUCAACCGAGUUAUCCAUAUAACCUUCUCCCAAGAUGGCACCCGCUGUUGGUAUCGAUCUUGGAACCACCUACUCUUGCGUCGGUGUCUUCAGAGAUGACAGAAUUGAAAUUAUUGCCAAUGACCAGGGCAACCGGACAACCCCAUCCUUUGUCGCUUUUACUGAUACCGAACAAUCAAGUCGCCAUGAACCCCCACAACACUGUCUUCGACGCUAA